AUGAGGACCCUUUUGGUUUUGAAGAUUGCUUUUCCUUCAAUGAUUAAAACAUUAGGGGUUGAAAGGUUCAUGGAGGAACUAUGCCAUGGUUUUUGCUUGCUAAUGGAUGUAAGUGUAGGGCUCAUUACCUUUGAAAGCUUGAAGAGGAACACAAUGUUGAUGGGGUUGCAUGAAUUGAGAGAUGAUGAGCUAGAUCAGAUGUUCAAAUUGAUGCAGCAGUUGGAAAGUACUGUGCCACACUUCAUUUGUUGCAUAAAACCGAACAAUAAGCAGGUUCCUGGCAUGUACAAUAAUGAUCUCGUUUUUGAGCAGCUCAGAAGCUACGGUCUUCUUGAGGUUGUUAGGAUCUCUAGGUCCAGGUACAGCGUCCUUCUUCCAGAAAACCAUGAAUGCAAAGAUCCAUUAAGCAUGUCAGUUUCCAUUCUGCGGCAGUUUGAUAUCCUUCCCGAAAUGUACCAAGUUAGGUAUACAAAGUUAUAUUUCCGGGCAGGACAGAUUGCUGUGCUGGAGGAUGUCAGGAAACAAGUUAUGCAAGGCAAUCUCGAGGUGCAGAAGUGCUACAGUGGUCAUCAUGCUCGUCGUCACUUCCAUGAGCUUGAAGGAGGAGUGAUCAUACUCCAAUCAUGUAAGGCAGAACUUUUUGCUGCAUUGUUCGUGGUGAAAUUGCUAGAAGGCAAUAUAAGGUUUCUCUGGAGUCCGAAACGAAAAGUUGCUAACAAAGAAAAUGAUGAGCAGCUGCUGGCUGUUGUGCAGAUACAAUCAGCUAUUCGUUGCUGGUUGGCUCAGAGGCAUGUCAAUCAACUGCAGAAUUUGAACAAGUUAAAUCAAGACAGAAAGACUUCGGAGGUGAAAGUUAAACCAUCCAGAAAGACUUCAGAGGUGAAGCAGGACUUGCCUGCAGAAAUUUUACCUUCUGUUGUAGAAGACCUCGAAAGGCAGGUUAUGGUGGCUGAGGCAAACCUUGAAGAGAAGGAAAAGGAAAAUGCUGCCCUAAAGGAGCAUAUAAAUCAAUUGGAGUCCCGAUGGUCAGAUUAUGAGGUCAGGAUGAGAUCGAUGGAGGAGAUGUGGCAAAAGCAAAUGGCAUCAUUGCAGGCAAGUUUAGCAACAGCCAAGAAGAGUCUCCUUGUUGACAAUCCUGCCGGUCACCCUGGAAAACUCGAAGGUUCCCCAUCUCCUUGCGGCUAUGAAUCUGAAGAAACAAUAACAUCUAUGGGGACCCGCACUCCUGGGGGCAGCACUCCUAUAGAAUAUGCUAGCAACGGUAAUAGAGAGAUUAAUGGCGGUUUAUGUGUAGUCAAUUACCUUAACCGGGAGUUUGAGCUGCGAAAACAAAAUUUUGAUGACGAAGCCAUGGCGAUCACUCAGCUGAAGUCAGAGCAGUUACAUUCUACUAAUCCUGCAGAAGAUUUUCGAAGACUGAGACACAGGUUUGAGGAAUGGAAGAAAGAUACAAGGCUCGGUUAA